UCAGCGCUCUGAUUGGUGCAUUCGUCCGGGUCCCGGGGUUCAAAAUUUCAACGGUGCUGUUGAGUUCCGAGGCGGGCUGGCGGCGCUUGCUUCUUGGAGGUAGGGCGCGGUGAGGCCAGGUUCUUAAUAAGAAGCACCUACCAGAGUGAAGAUUUCAGAAGAGACUUGAAAAGAUAUAUUGUAGUUUUGAGUCAAGGUUGUGGGAGGUGGAGUGUAUAGACAAGGUAAGGCAAGGUAUCACUCCUAUCAGGAAGUCUUCAUGGACCGUCCUUCACCCUGCUCUUUGCAUUAACUGAGGGCUGUCUGCUUAAGCCCUAUUCCACCAGGGGUCGUCCUGAAUCUUCAUUGUUGUGACUUGUUGAGAAAAGCUGUGCAGAUUGGGAAGAGCCUGCGCCGCUGCACCGAGGGUGGGGCAAUGUCACAAGUUACAGCUACUUACUCCUUUGAUGCCCCCACUGACUUCAUCAAUUUUUCAUCUUUGGAUGCUGAGGAAGAUACUGAAAAUGUAGAUUCAUGGUUUGAGGAGAAGGCUAAUUUGGAGAAUAAGUUUCUUGGAAAGAAUGGACUAGGAGAGCUUUUUCAGGGCAAAACUUCCUUGAGAAAAGCUAAACUUCAGGAAGGCUGUGUCACACCUUUGAAACAAGUUGAUAACACUUACUAUCAAGAGACAGAAAAAGAAAAUCUUCAGAAACAUUCUAUCUCAUCAAAUGCUUGUUCUUCCCUGGAUGCUGAAGGCACCGUGUCAAGAAAUACGCGGGUAGUCCAGCCUCAGAGAAGGUCUGUUAGACUCUCUGCUCAGAAGGCUUUGGAACAGAAAGCAAAACAUCAUGUUGAAAUGAAAGCAAAGAGAUGUGCCACUCCUGUAACCGCUAGUGAAAUUCCACCUUCCAAAAAAAUGAAAGUAUCUCAUAAAAAGAAACCAGAGGAAGAUGAAGAAGGUAGUGCUCAAGAUAUAUCCAGAAAGAAUGAAAGAGAAAGCCCGGAGAAAGUCAAGGGCAAACAUGCUGUGCCUGUUGUACCACCUGCAAGGCAGAAGGUUCUAAAAAGUACUGAGGAGCAGGAGCUGGAAAAGAGAAUGAGAAUGCAGCAGGAGGUAGUGGAGAUGCGGAAAAAGAAUGAAGAAUUUAAGAAACUUGCUCUCGCGGGAGCAGGGCAAUUUGUGAAGAAAUCAGUGAGCCAGGUCACCAAAGUCGUUGACUUUCACUUCCACACAGAUGAUCGAAUUAAACAACAUCCUAAGAACCAGGAGGAGUAUAAGGAAGUAAACUUUAUGGCUGAACUACGAAAGCAUCCUCCAUCUCCUGCCCGAAUGACUAAGGGAUGUACUAUUAUUAAGCCUUUCAAUCUGACCAAAGGAAAGAAAAGAACGUUUGAUGAAUCAGCUUCUACAUAUGUGUCCCUUGCAGAGCAGGUGGAAGCCUUCCACAAACGAACCCCUAAUAGAUAUCAUCUGAGGAAUAAGAAGGACGACAAUAGCCUGUUACCUUCCAGAUCUUCUGUGACCAAGAUCUCUAGAGACCCCCAGACUCCUGUACUGAAAACCAAAUUGCGGGCAAGGCCUGUGACCUGCAAAAGUACAGCGGAACAGGAGGCUGAGGAGCUUGAGAAACUGCAACAAUACAAAUUUAAAGCACGGGAACUUGAUCCCAGAAUUUUUGAAGGUGGACCCCUCCUGCCCAAGAAACCCCCUGUGAAACCACCUACUCAGUCUGUUGGUUUUGAUUUGGAAAUUGAGAAACGGAUCCGGGAGCGAGAGUCAAAGAAGAAAUCAGAGGAUGAACACUUUGAAUUUCAUUCCAGACCUUGCCCUACUAAGAUCUUGGAAGAUGUUGUGGGUGUUCCAGAAAAGAAGGUACUUCCAGUCACUGUCCCCAAGUCACCAGCUUUUGCAUUGAAGAACAGAAUCCGAAUACUUGCAAGAGAAGACGAGGAAGAGGAAGAACCAGUAGUGAUAAGAGCUCAACCUGUGCCACAUUAUGGGGUACCUUAUAAACCCCACAUCCCAGAGGCAAGAAAUGUGGAGGUCUGCCCUUUCUCCUUUGAUUCUCGGGACAAAGAACGUCAGUUACAGAAGGAAAAGAAAAUAAAAGAAAUGCAGAAAGGAGAGGUGCCCAAGUUCAAGGCACUUCCUUUGCCCCAUUUUGAUACCAUUAACCUGCCAGAGAAAAAGGUGAAGAAUGUGACUCAAGCUGAACCUUUCUCCUUGGAGACUGACAAAAGAGGUGCCCAGAAGGCCGAGAUAAGGAAGCACCAGCUGGAGGAAGAACUGAAACAGCAGAAAGAAGCAACUUGCUUCAAGGCUCGUCCAAAUACCGUCAUCUUCCAGGAGCCCUUCAUUCCCAAGAAAGAGAAAAAAUCAGUUGCUGAGAGCCUGUCUGGUUCUCUAGUUCAGGAACCUUUUCAGCUGGCCACCGAGAAGAGAGCCAAGGAGCGGCAGGAGUUGGAAAAGAGAAUGGCUGAAAUGGAAGUCUGGAAAAUGCAGCAUCUAGAGGAAGUCAGGCAACAGGAAGAAGAACAGGAGAAGGAGGAGCUAGCCAAACUCCGGAAAGAACUGGUGCACAAGGCAAAUCCAAUCCGCAAGUACUCGGCAGUGGAGGUGAAGUCCAGUGACCAGCCUUUGACUGUGCCCGUGUCUCCUAAAUUCUCCACUCGAUUCCACUGCUAAACACAGCUGUGAGCCACAGAUAGCCGCUUUGCAAUGGGAGCUGCUCUCUGCAUGACACCAGGCAUGGAGAGACCCUUUCUCCAGAUUACCUAUCAUGUGUGGCCAUGUACCUGACAGCUGUGGAUGCCAAGUUUUUUCAAACUUGUUUUCAUACACUUUUAAAGCUAAUAAUGAGACUAAACUCAUUUAGACUUUAAUCAGACUUCUUGUAGUUAUUCCCUCUAAACAUCAGUUUAAUGUUGGCAUUACCUCUAACUAGAAUUUCAAGUCUGUGUCAGUAUAGUGUAAUUCUAUUUCACCCUAUUCCCUCUCCUUUUUUUAUAUAUGUAUUUUAAGCAGAAAAUAAAGAUAGUAAAAUCUCA